AUGUUUCACUUGAACCCCAAUUGGACUGAUUUCGACAAAUACACCCAUUUGCAAGUCAAUUUGUUUUUCAAGGGAGACUCAAGCAAACCUCCUGUUCAUGAUGUUCUUCAGCCGAAUGUGCUGCGUAUAAACCGCAUUCGUAUAUUUUCACAAAGCUGUAACACUCUUUCGGUGCCUAACUGCCAUGCCACCCGAAUGAAGAAUGAGGGGGGUACUACAAACUGGGAUACUGCCAGUUUGCCCAAAGUUAGCUGUGAAAAGUGGACAGGUAGAGGUCAAGUUCGAACGGCGGACCUUCCGCUUACUCGAUGGACGUCACUUACAAUCAAGGGGGAGGCCCUCGAAUUUGUGGAACAUUUAACGUACCUAAGAAUUGGUAUCAGUUCUGAGCGUAGUGAGACUGAUGGGGAAUAUGUGUAUCAGGCUACAGUGUCGGCUGUUUUGUUGCAUUGCUGUGAGACUUGGAGUGUUGGAUCAGCGGAAUUGAGACCUCUUCGCGUGGUCGGCAAUCGUUGUCUGAGAACCGUAGUUCAUGUGGGUUGGUGUCGGAGACUCCGCGAUUGGGCAAGUGGUUUUCGGCUGUGCAACGGGGAUUUCCAUU